ACAGAUAGAAAGCCUUGGUAUCAGGGUGGGGGGGUCGGCUGGACGUCUCUGACUGUAGCAAUCCCUCACGUCGCAAAUGCUCACUGCAACAGUGGAGAAGAAAAACUCCCUUCUAAAAGGAAGAAAUAUCCAGCAGAACCAGGCUAAGUGUGAGCGUGCGAGAAGACAGGAGCACAAGAGGAACAUAGAAGCACUGAUCCAUCAUACCUCUCUAUGUUAGAAAAGCUAAUAAAUCAUGUCGGUUGGAAACAGUGAAAGUCUGAGACGCAGCGAGAGGCAAGGGGGCAGCAGGCAAGUGUCAUUUACAGAGGAGCGCUGCGUGGACCCAGUGGAGGACAGGCAGCCAACCAGACAGCCAAAGGGCAGCCACAAAGGGCGCCUUAAAGAUGCUAACGCCAAUGAGUCAGAGACUGUCAGAUUUGUGCCUGGUGCAGCCGAGCCCUCUUCUUCAGCAACAAGCUGUAAUCCCUGCUCUUCCCUGAAGACCUGUAAAAGUUUUUUGUGCACUGUAAUCACAUGUGGACUGUACAGGGUCUGCCAGUGCUCCAUUCUUUCUCCAUGCUUGGCGCCAAAUGAGAGCUCCCCAAAGGAGGCGGAAAAGACAAGCCUCCAAGACGUCAAACCAGAGGACCACAAAGAAGAUUCUGACAUCGAACUGACAGACUUUCACAUUAAUGGAGUCCCAGUAUUCAGCCCGAAAGAAUGUUUAGACCUUGAUAGCAAAUCUCCAUAUCCAUCCUUACCUUCUCAGACUCAUACAGGGUUUGCCUCUUUGCAUGAGUCCUUGACAUUUGAAGACUGGGAGGACGGUGAAGAGAACGUGGACUCACUGAUCACCAAGAAGCUCCUGGAGCUCUACUCUGAAUAUCAAAUCGAAGAGUUGGCCAGGUGCACCUCCGACUCAGUGUUUCUGAGGAAGAGCAAAGCCAUCGCACAGCUCAUCAACUCUGUGGCAGAGGAGCACAAAAUGGAUGAGCAGGAAGCAGAGUGCCGGCUGGUGCGGGGCAUCAUCCGCAUCAGCACCCGAAAGAGUAAAAGGAGGCCCCCCAUUCCCAUGAUGGAGAGGACGCUGUCGGACAGUGGGCACGGAACCAUGAUCGGCAGUGGAUCCUUUCCUUCCAGCAACAACAAUGACUACAAGUCAAAUCCAAACAUCCAAAUAUCAGACUUGACUUCCACUGACAAGUUUGCCAGAGACAUGUGGAGGAAGAAUGACGAUCACACUUCAAGUUCUCCAACAACCUACUCAUCCAGUCGCUCAGAGAUGGAGUCCUCAGGUGUCCCUCUGCUGUACACUUCAGUGAGGACAUGAAUCAUCCCUGCAUUCCUGUCACAUUGUUUCCGUAAGCCCACAUGCAGAAUGUUAACAGGAAGAAAUUAUUGGACUGGAGCCUCUGGCUGAGCCAAACUCCUUACAGAGGCCAUGCCUUUGCCGUGGAAGAAGGAAAAUGUCGGAAGUCUUUGAGUGACCUCAGGUUUCGGUGUGUAGAUAUACGUGUGGUUUCUAAAUAUUACAUUUGUGCUUUGAAGGAUUGCUCGUUUGGAAGUUCUACACAAAGCCUUUAGGCAAUGGCUUUAUAAAAAAUUUACACAUCACUGUUUAAAUGUUAGUUUUUUCAAAUGUUAAAUACAUAAUGACCAGUUAAAAAAACAUUUAAAAACUUUACACUACUAGUUAUUUUUAUUAAAGUAUAACAGCAUUCAGUCAUCUUCGAUUGGAGUCUUUGUAAACAAAUCUGCUCACUUCGGCUUGCCAAAGUUCUCAUAUUGGGAGAACAUGUUUUUUCUAUGGCUCUCUUCAGGUAGAUUCAUUUUAAGGUGUAGUGGAGGAUGUUCUUUUUCCUGGUGGAUCAUCAAAAUAAGUGGUUCUCCUAAUUGUCAAUCAUUCUGGUGAUACGUUUACGUAAGGCCGUCCUACGUGCUUGUCCCAUUUUCACUGACUGCUGGUGAGUCUGACAUGAUGGGAAAAAUUGCUAAUCCUCUUUUGGAAAGAGCUUGUAUGAGCUACACAAAAAGCAACUUUUAAACAGAUUAUGCAUGAGGAGAAAUGGGCUUGUGCACGCUCUUGCACGCGUUUAAUAGGUGUUCCCGCUCAGGAGCGGGUACAGGGUUGUGCAUGGCAUUUUUCUUUUAAAGUGGAGAAGGCAGAUCUUUUCGGAAAUUUGCUGAACUCCUCCACUAUACUUUUAAGGACUUAGUAGACCCUUCACUUCCUUUCCAGAAACCAUUCUGUUGUUGCUUUUGAUGUAUGCUUGGAUUUCCUGUGAAAUCUGAAUGUGUAGGAUUGUUACCUUACCAUAUAGGGAACGUUUCAGGACUUUAAGAAUCCCAGAUCAUGAUACCACUACCACAGUUUCAUCAUGGGUGGAGUGCUCUUUUGGUGAUGCUUGCCUGGAGCCAAAGUAAAGCUUCAACUGUGGGCAUAAACCAUAACACCCUGACCCGUACACCUGUAGAAUAUCAGGGAUUAAUGUUUUCUUUUCUGUUAAAUGUUCUGUGUUCAUCCAUACCUCAUCCAGGCCCAAACCGUAUAGAAUGUAUAGAUUGUUGUCACAUUCUCAAUUUGACAACUAGCCAAAACAAGGGUGGCGAACAAACAUGGAAUGUUUUUUCCCAGCUUUUUAUUGUCAUCACACUGCCACAAGUACAGAGCAGUGAAAUUCACUCUUUGCAUUUCAACCCAUCCCCUUGGGGAGCAGUGGGCUGCCAUUGUGCGGCGCCCGGGGAGCAGUGUGGGGGUUAAUGGUCUUUUUGCUCAGAGUGGCAGUCAGGCUGAAACCCACAAACUCUGGAUUCCAAGCGUAAUGCCCUAACCACUAGGCUGCCACUCCACUAACUGUCUUUAAAGCCGCAAAAAAAAAAGUCCAAGAUCAAUAGUAAAAGGAUGCAAGAGGAUGUUUGAUUCCAGGAGGGAUAAAACUUAAGUUUGUGCUUGUAGAACAAUAGAAAUAAUGGAGAACAGUAAAGCUGGAUCAAAAGGCCAGGAAGCAUUGUGAUGCAACUGUGAACUCGUUAGUGCAUGUCCUAGCUAAAUGUGCUUAUGGGGUUAGAUUACCUUUGACGCCCUAUCCACCAAGCUGUUGGUUUUCAUGGGGCAUUACAGAAUGGCUUAUUUAGUAGCUGCAUCAAUGGAUAUGGCUCUCCGGUAAAUCAGCGAUAUGGCGCCGAGCUCCAUGCACCCAGUGCUGGGAUUCUAUUUAGGCCCAAAAUGGACAAUCAAAACACUUAUCAGGAUGGAUGCUUGGAAUCUGUAGCCUUAUUUAAUCAUAAUCAGCUUGAUUCAGGCCUUUUCAGUAUCAACAUAUAACUUAACUAUGUACCUCUAAGGGUGUGUCAACCUAAGCAAGCGACUUUUUUUUUUUAACUCUCUUCAUCUAAACAAGAUGGUUUGUUUUUCAGCUAAACAGUAAAAGAUAUGACAUGUUAGAGGUGGUAAAAGUUUCCAAACAGGCCUAUAAAAUAAAAAAAAGUACCUAGCAAUUUGGCGUGGUGUGAACAGGUUUAAAAUCCACUGUUUUUUAUAUAGAUAGUUAACCGUCCGUUCCUUUUUGUAGUGUUUGUCAUUUUAAAAUGUGACUUUUGACCUUGUGGGUUUGAUUACUCUGCUCUUAUUACAUCCAGGAUUAUUGAUUAUUUUCUUUUUUGGUUUAAUGUUAAUUUCAAAACCUUGCCUAUAUAGACCUGCUUAUUUGUUUAGUUGCUUAGUUGUCUUUAAUUAUGUUUAUAUUUCUGAUGAAUUUUUGAUGUGCAAAGUGGCAAUAGUAUAAGAUAAGAUGAAGAAAUAUUGAAUGUAUUCUAAAAAAAAUUACGAGUACCUAUUUUCUUUAACAUUAGCUCUUUGUGUGUAGACUUAAAAAAAUAAGU